AUGGUGGGGUAUUUAGCUUCUCUUCUUUUUUAGAAUCUAAGCUAAUUCUGUGGUUAGAUUAUUAACUAUCACUUUCACCAGAAUCUUCGUGUAUUACAUUAUUUGAAGGAGAUUUUAAAGAACUUUAGCUAUUUUACUAUCCUCUUGUUUAAGGUGUUUUUGGAGAUAAAUCUUUUAAACUUCCUUUCAAAGACAAUUUUUCAUCAGUAAUAAACACUCUAUGCCUAGGAGUCUGCUUGUAAAAUUCUUCAUCAUCAUCGUCAUCUUCUUCUUCAACAUCUUCAAUGCAAGAAAGUUCCGAAACAGAUGAAUUGGUUUCAGGCAUUAAUUCUUCAUAUUCUUCUUGAAUAUCUUCUGCUGCCUCUUUUAGUAAUUCAAUAUCUCUUAGUGUAGAGUAUUUUUCUUUCAAAAUUCUUUUAAAAUGAGUUCUUUAUUAUCCAGGAUUGUAAUUAUAUUUUUUAAAACAUUGUAAUUUAUUAGGUAUAAAUUAAACCAUAGGACAACUAGCUACUAAAUGCUCUGGACUACUACAACUAUAACAAUUAACUCCUAUAGUUCCAAAAUCACGACUGUACUAUACUUAAUCUUUAAUUAAGUGAAACAUCUCUUAAUCUCUUGGGAACAUUUUUAAUAAGUUUAAGAAAUCAUCUCUCUCAAUCUUAAGGAGAGUAGCAAAGUCUAUACUCCUUACACUAAGUGAUCUUUCUAGACCAGUAUAAAAGCUUAUUUCACCAAAGUACUAACCCUUGCUCAGUUCUAAAAUUUAAUUAAGAUAAUUUUUAUAAAUUACUAAAAUUAAUCAAAAAAUUUGUUAUAAAUUUAAUUGUUAUAAUAUUCGCUAUAUUAUUCCUUAAGUUUAAAUUAAUUACUAAAUAAAAAGAAAUAAAAUCAUUCAUAUAAAAGAGUUUAAAUUAUCCCUUAUAAAUUUUAGUUGGACACUUUUUUUUAAAUCAUAACUUUAGCUGA